AUGAUGUUUCUUACGGUGAUAGUAUUAGUUGUUCCUGCGUGUUAUUUCGUGUGUCGAUUUCUACAUUCUUUGAAAAUUGACGGUUAUACCGAGAAGUAUAUCUUUAUAACUGGUUGUGAUACGGGAUUUGGGAGGGAGCUAGCGAUUCACCUGGAUAGCCUGGGCUUUAAUGUGUUUGCUGGAUGUCUGACAAAAGAUGGUGCUCAGUCGCUCUCUGCUGCCGCUUCCUCCAGGUUGACAACUGUUCCCUUGGAUAUAACCAAACCUGAGAGUGUCCAGGAGGCCCUAAGGCUUACACAACAAAGACUGCCCAAAGAGAAAGGUAUUUGGGCUCUUGUGAAUAACGCCGGGGUACUAGGGAACUUAAGUCCUUUGGAGCUGUGCACCAGAGACGACUUUACCAAAGUGUUGACCAUAAAUCUUCUUGGACCCACUGAGACAAUUCGGGCAUUUCUGCCCCUGGUCAGGAAGUCAAAAGGACGAAUAGUCAACAUUACAAGUGCCUUUGGCCGGUUUGCAGGCUUUGGUGCGCCCUAUUGUGCUUCCAAGUUUGGACUAGAAGGCUUGACAGAUGUUCUGAGAAGAGAAGUGUACCACCAAGGAAUCAAAGUGUCAAUUAUUGAACCAGGCGGCUUUCCAACGUCAAUCGGUAAAACCAUGAAUGACGAGAUCAUAGAUGCUAGAGACCGAGCCAGUCCCGAGGUUAAAAAACAAUACGAGCUAUACUUAAAGCAAUUUACAUCACUGACAGCCACGGCCACACCAACUUCGUCGUCUUUAAGGCCAGUCAUCGACGCCUACACGCACGCUAUCGUCUCCAGGUACCCACACACCAGAUACGUCGUUGGAACAGAUGCUCGUUUUGUGUUCAUACCACUUUCCUACUUGCCAGAUUGGAUGAGUGACCUGGUUCUGCGAUUGAUGGCUAAAUUCAUUUCGUGA